GCUUGUUUUUGUUCAGGAGAGGCAUCUUUCUGAAGGAUACCUGUGCUCUUAAAAGUUUUAACCGAAGUGGAAAUGCGUGUCCUCGUUUUCUGGACCACUGACGGUUUCCACUCUAGCCGUGGUCUGAUAUCACAUCCACAGUAAAAGCAAGAGAGAAGGGGAAAAGUACCUACAAGACCCCUCUGCAGUUGUUCUCUCCCGCCCGAGAAGGGCAGAUGAACUUUGGAGUUAAGAUGCAGGGAGGUGAGCCGGCGUCGGUCCUGAAAGUCUCGGAGAGUGAAGGGAAGCUGGAGGGCCUGGCCACAGCGGUGACCCCGAACAAGAACAGCAGCAACAGCAGCUGUGGGGGUGCAAUCAGCAGUAGCAGCAGCAACAGCAGUCGCGGUGGCAGUACGAAAGGCUGGCAGUACAGUGAUCAUAUGGAAAAUGUUUAUGGCUAUUUAAUGAAGUACACCAACCUCGUCACCGGGUGGCAGUACAGGUUUUUUGUUUUAAACAAUGAAGCUGGGCUGUUGGAGUACUUUGUGAAUGAACAGUCUAGAAAUCAGAAACCCAGAGGUACUUUACAGCUUGCGGGUGCUGUGAUCUCCCCCAGUGAUGAAGACUCCCACACCUUCACAGUGAAUGCUGCCAGCGGGGAGCAGUAUAAACUCAGAGCCACAGAUGCUAAAGAGCGGCAGCACUGGGUGAGCAGACUCCAGAUAUGCACGCAGCACCACACGGAAGCCAUCGGGAAGAACAAUCCUCCCCUGAAGUCACGGAGCUUCUCCCUUGCAUCUAGUGGUAACUCUCCCAUAUCCCAGAGAAGACCAAGUCAGACUGCCAUUUCAUUUUUUAAUGUUGGACAUUCCAAACUGCAGUCGGUGAACAAAAGAGCUCACUUGCAUCCAGACCAUCUUGUGGAAGUCAGAGAAAUGAUGUCUCAUGCUGAAGGACAACAGCGAGACCUGAUUAGACGGAUCGAAUGCCUUCCUGCUUCUGGCCUUCUUAGUUCUUUGGACCAGGACCUCUUGAUGCUCAAAGCUACUUCCAUGGCAACUAUGAACUGCUUAAACGACUGCUUUCACAUUCUCCAGUUGCAGCAUGCAUCACAUCAGAAGGGCUCACUGCCCUCAGGACCGACAAUUGAGUGGUUGGAGCCAAAGAUACCUUUAUCAAACCACUAUAAAAAUGGAGCUGAGCAGCCCUUUGCAACUGAGCCCAGCAAGCCCAUGGCAGUCCCGGAAGCACAGUCUGUUGCAGAGUCUGGAGUAUUAGCAAGGGAACCUGAAGAGAUUGAUGCAGAUGAUGAAAUAGAGGAUACCUAUGACAACAAGGAAGAUGACCUGGGGGCCGUGGAGGAGCAGCGCAGUGUUAUCCUGCAUCUCUUGUCACAGCUCAAGCUGGGCAUGGAUUUAACGAGAGUGGUGCUUCCUACAUUUAUCCUGGAGAAGCGUUCGUUAUUGGAGAUGUAUGCAGAUUUCAUGUCUCAUCCAGACUUGUUCAUAAGUAUCACCAAUGGAGCCACACCUGAGGACCGAAUGAUUCGCUUUGUUGAGUACUACCUUACCUCAUUUCAUGAAGGUCGAAAAGGAGCCAUUGCUAAGAAGCCGUACAAUCCCAUCAUUGGGGAAACUUUCCACUGCUCCUGGAGGAUACCCAGGAGCGAAAUGGCAUCCAGUUUGAGUGGCAGCUCUUCCACCCCGGCCUUCACAAAUAAUGCUCCCCUGCAGGAGGGUGCUCUCACCCAGGGGGCCUCAGACUGUUACACUGUCAGAUUUGUUGCUGAGCAGGUUUCCCAUCAUCCUCCAGUCUCAGGGUUUUAUGCAGAAUGUACAGAAAGGAAGAUGUGUGUAAAUGCACAUGUCUGGACUAAAAGCAAAUUCUUAGGCAUGUCAAUAGGUGUAACAAUGGUUGGAGAAGGUAUCCUUAGUUUGUUGGAGCAUGGAGAAGAGUACACGUUUUCCCUGCCUUGUGCAUAUGCCCGGUCCAUUCUCACUGUUCCUUGGGUGGAACUAGGUGGCAAAGUUGGUGUCAACUGUGCAAAAACAGGCUACUCAGCCAGCAUCACUUUUCACACUAAGCCGUUUUAUGGCGGCAAACUGCACCGAGUCACCGCUGAAGUGAAGCACAAUGUCACCAACACUGUGGUGUGCAGGGCACAGGGGGAGUGGAACAGCACUCUGGAGUUCACCUACAGCAGCGGGGAGACCAAGUCCGUGGACCUGACUAAACUGGCUGUGACAAAGAAGAGAGUAAGGCCUCUGGAGAAGCAGGCUCCAUUUGAAUCCAGACGAUUGUGGAAAAAUGUAACAGAUUCUCUGAGGGAAUCUGAAAUUGACAAGGCCACAGAACACAAACGUACCUUGGAAGAACGCCAGAGAACUGAAGAAAGACAUCGGACUGAAACAGGCACACCCUGGAAAACCAAAUAUUUUAUUAAAGAGGGAGAUGGCUGGGUUUAUCACAAACCCCUUUGGAAAGUAAUCCCAUCACAACCAGCAGAGUGACACAUGCUUUCUAAGACUGGACCAAAUGAGGUUCUCCUCUGUGUACCCUAAGCCCUCUCAGAUGAAGUCAUUGCACUGAAUGACCUGCCUCCUAAUUGUACAGCCUGAAACUAGCUGAACACGAAUGUACCUACUCGAGCCCAUCACCCUGCAGCAAGACCAAAGGAUGCGUGAUGGGCCUCUGACAGCCUGUUCACCAACGUGAGCAAUACCAUCUUAAGCCUCCCACCCCACCAGUACAUGUGUUGUCUUUUAUCUGGUCCAUGGUCGGAAAGCUGCUCGAGCCCCUGGUUUGUAUGGGGGCAACAGAUGACAGCAGCGAGAACUAACUCGGUGACUGUGGUUCCUUUGUAUUGAAAACUAAAGUCUCUUGCAGAGUUUUUUGCUUUCUGUCCAUUUCUGAAGUAUUCACUGCUCUUCUAAACCAACCAAGAGGGAGACGAAGGUGACCUACAAGUGGAUUCAGCCAUCGUGCCUGAAGUCGGUGUUGACGCAUCACGAGGCCUCUUUCCCUCCGGAGGCCGUGUCUGCACCAAGGAAGCCCACCACCUGCUCUGCUGGAACUCUCUUUUAAAAGUCUAUUUAUAAUUAGAUUGUAACCAUGGAGGGAUUUUUUCUUCUGAGCAUUUUAAUAUACUUGAAAACAGAAUUGACUUGAAAAAUUUCAGAACAUUUUUCAAUACCUAGUUUUAUUAAAUAUUACACUUAAGAGACGAUUUUUUAAAAAUGUGUUCAUGUCAAUAUGAGAUUUUGGCCUUUCUCAAGAACUGAGGCAUUAAAAAAAUAGCAAAUAUUAAAAAACACAGCUGUUACUUUUUCCUUACCUAUUUUCAUUUGUAGGUUCAUAUCCAGUAUUAUGUGCUAUCCUGAGUAAGUUUGCUUUAUCUGACCUCUGUUUACUCAAAAGUUAAAACUAAAACCUGUUCAUGUCUGUCGGUAAUUCAAUUAUGUCUGUGACUGAGUGCACAUAAAGUAUGGUUUUAUUUUAUUUUCAAGGAAAUUUAAAUGCUGAAGAAAGGGUAUGAAAUAAAAAGCAGGAAUUUGCAUUCAA